AUGAAGUUGAAGCCUCUGCUCAGGAAAGCGGGCACAAUAGUGCGUGCCACGCUGACCUUCACGUUCGCCCUGAUCGUGCUCGGUGUGAUGAUCUGGGCCUACGUGGCCGGCUUCCCCAUCGCCACUUCCCCGUACGGUAUCAUCUCCUUCGGCUUCUACGGGCUGCUGCUCAGCGUGCACGUGCUCAUCCAGAGCCUGUUCGCCCUAAUCGAGCACCGGCGCAUGGCCGCGCGCCGCCACAAACCAUGCUCCUACACGCGCACCGUGGGCUUCACCAUCUCCGCCUACCAGGAGGACCCCGAGUACCUGCGCGAGUGCCUGACCUCGGUGCGCGCGCUCCAAUACCCCGAGCACCUCAUGCGCGUCAUCAUGGUGAUUGACGGCAACUCGGAGGACGACCUGUACAUGAUGGAUAUGUUCAAGGAGGUCUUCGCCGACCAGGAGCCCGGCUGCUACAUCUGGCAGAACAACUACCACACCUGGAAUCCCCAGGCCGCCGGCGGCGGCGGUGGUGCUGGACAGGAGACUGGGGGUGGGGAUGGCGGCUCCACCGCGUCUUCAGAGCUGGAUGCGGCGGACGCCGGGCUGUGGCAGGAGGACUUCCAGAGAAGGGAGGUGGAGGAGCUGAUCCAGAACAAGAGAUGCGUCUGCAUCAUGCAGAAGUGGGGCGGAAAGCGGGAGGUCAUGUACACCGCCUUCAAGGCCCUGGGCUCCUCCGUGGACUACAUACAGGUGUGUGACUCGGACACCAAGCUGGACCCGCUGGCCACGUGCGAGCUGGUGAAGGUGCUGGAGAGUGACCAGAAGUACGGGGCGGUGGGGGGCGACGUGAUGAUCCUCAACGAGAAGGACUCCUACGUCAGCUUCAUGAGCGGCCUGCGCUACUGGAUGGCCUUCAACAUCGAGCGCUCCUGCCAGUCCUUCUUCGACUGCGUCUCCUGCAUCAGCGGCCCCCUCGGCCUUUACCGCAACGAUCUUCUGCAGCAGUUUCUGGAGUCUUGGUACAACCAGAAAUUCCUCGGCACUCACUGUACGUUUGGAGACGACCGCCACCUCACCAAUCGCAUGUUGAGCAUGGGCUACGCCACUAAAUACACCAGCCGCUCCAAGUGCUACACAGAGACGCCGAAGCAGUUCCUGCGCUGGCUGAACCAGCAGACGCGCUGGACCAAGUCCUACUUCCGCGAGUGGCUCUUCAACGCCAUGUGGUGGCACAAGCACCACCUGUGGAUGACCUACGAGUCCAUCGUGUCGGGCAUCUUCCCCUUCUUCGUCACGGCCACCAUCAUCAAGCUCUUCUGGACGGGCACGCUGUGGGACAUCAUCUGGGUGCUCUGCUGCAUCCAGCUCAUCGGCCUGGUGAAGGCAGCCUACGCCUGUCUCCUGCGCCGGAGCCCCAUCAUGGUCUUCAUGUCCCUCUACUCGGCCCUGUACAUGACCAGCCUGCUGCCCGCCAAGUACUUUGCCAUCAUCACCAUGAACAAGAGCAGCUGGGGCACCUCGGGCAGGAAGAAGAUCGUGGGCAACUACAUCCCGCUGCUGCCCCUGUCCAUAUGGGCGUCCAUCUUGUUGGGCGGCCUGUGCUACACGGUUUACCGGGAGACGCUGCAGGACUGGAGGACGGAGGCCAAGCAGGAGGAGCUGAAGUUCGUGGUGUUUGGCUCCAUAGCCUACGUGUGCUACUGGACGCUGAUGGUGGCGUUGUACUGGAUGGUGUUCCUCAGGGUCUGUCGAAAGCGAUCAAGUUCGUACUCGCUAGAGGUCUAAACGUUACACUGUUUGAUGGGUCAAGAGACUUAAUGAAAUAUAAUAUAUAUUUGUUUGUGUAAAUAAUUAGAUAUUUUUUAAUGUGCCAAGAAGGAAGUGGAUUUUUAGCAUACCAAAGGAUCGAUAUACAAUGCAAUAAUAUAUUUUUGUACUGAAGGAAACCCAUGGAAAGCAUUUGAAUGAUGAUUGUCUUAAUGUUCUCUGUGUGCAACGUUUUGUUUUAUUUAUUGUGCAUGUUGAAAUGUGAUAUUUGAAACUGUUAUUAUUUAUUUAAAUGCCUUUGCAUGAAGUGUAUGAUGUUGCUGCCUAGUUUGUUACACUGAAUCUAAGGUAAUGUCCUAAAUCCCCAAAAUGGGUUUGAUUCAGACUGAACCAGCACUAAGAGUCUGGCAAGCAUUAUCUGGGUGUUUUGGUGUCUCAUUUUGCACAGUCCUUUGUUUAUUUACUUUUCCCUCAUCAAUGUGAGGGACCUUUCUCUUUCUGACUACUGACAAUGUAUGCUCAUUGUGUAUUUAUGAUAAUAUGGAAGAUGUAGCACAUCAUUACUAUUUGGGCCAGUUGAUACUACUCUGCAGGAUCUACAGCACUUC